AUGGCCACACAAAGCACAACUCAGCAGUCCCUGAUUUCCUUGUUCAUGAUUCAAUAUGACCAACAUGAGUAUGAAAAUCUGGCGAAAAGAACUGCAGAAAUUUGCGAACGAGCCCUUUUAGAGAAAAAUAUACGUCACGAAACAGAGAGCCGGGGAAAGGAGACUGAAAGCCUCCGAAAGAAGAUUGAGCAGCGUGAGCGUAAGAAAGGUCUAUACAAGUCCCUGAAGGAUAUAUUUGAGGAUGUCGUGGACCUUGCUGGGGCUCGCAUUAUUCUCAAAAAGUGGGAAGAUAGGGAUUGCGUCAGGGAUAUCAUGCACGAGCUUUUCGAGGUGGAGGAGGAGAGACCGAUGAAAGAAAAGAGUGGAUACGAGGCGAUACAUUAUCGUGUCUACUUGAAACAAGAUAUGAUCAUAUGGGACUCGUCCACGACAGGAGUGAGGCCGAGGGUUGAGAUUCAAGUUCAGUCAAUUUACAUGGCGCAGUGGGCCCAAGAUGAACAUGACAGUCGGUAUAAGUCAUCCAGGCAUCCGAGUCGCGGAUUGAGCAAUAAUUUCGAUUUGCUAGCUCAAUUGAUCCAAAUAACUCAAAAAAUGGGUCAGACCGCAAGAGAAGACAGCGCCAGGGAAAAUGCAGAGUACAAGCAAAAGUUCAGCGACCGCAAAGCCGUCGGCCUACAUCUGGAGAAUUGGAUCAGCAAGUAUGCUGCAGACUGGGUAAAAGACAAAAAGAUGAAAACAGGAUCUUCUACAGCUCUGACAAUCUUUUUGGAUGCUCGUAAUUGGAGCACACCCGAGUCUCUUGAUCUAUUGCUCGAGAAACACCUUGGAAAUGGCGUGCAGGACGAAUACUCAAACAUCGCAAAGGAUUAUGCGGGAAUUGAGUUGAACAUUGUGAUUUAUCUGAUUGACCGCGAGGUCUUGAAACACAACACGCAUGCUUUUGAAGUCUCCAGCGACUAUCAUGAACAUGCCUACAAGAUCCGAGUGAUCUUGAGCACGUUCAUCUGGAUGAAGCGUCUUUUCAUGCCAGCGUUGGAAUGGCAGGUUCUAUUCGCGCCUCUGGAAGACCGAGAAAUUCUUCGACAUGGCAUUGCUUGGCUGGGGAAUAGAGCCCGGCAAAACCUGAUUGCACAGGGAGGGAAAUCGUUGACUUCUGAUGAAAUCGGUAAAUUGAACAGUCUUUGGCAUUGGUUUUGCAGAAAUCACGAACGACCGAUCCGGGUGGCUUUUACGAUGUCAAACCAGGGGGUUAUCAGAGAUCUCAACGGAGAAAAUGAUGAGCUAGAAAAUGCGCUUGGGCCGCUUAGGCGGUCCUUGAGUUAG